AUGCGAAAUGUUACCGUAAAUUAUAAUAGUGUUACUGUAUUUGGUAGUGGUAUGGCAGCAACCAAUUCAAAGUCAAUGACAUCUGGUAAAAAUAAAACAAAUAGUGGAAAGGCUAUAGAAUUAGAAAUUAAUGAUUCAGAUACUGCAUCUAAAGGCCACACUAUUUCUGUUAGUAAAGUCUAUGAAAAUGAUGAUUCAAAAUCUGGUUCAGGUAUGGAUACUUCAUAA